ACCUUUGCUAUGAGUAAAUGAACAUUCAAAACGAAUUUUACUUUUAACGAAUUGCGAACGACAAAAAAGUUUUAAAAGAAAACAAGCGGCGGGUGGGAGUUUUAAAAGAAAAUUAAAUUAUUUUAAAGAUUAAUUCAAUAUGGCCACCACCACAGAAAAUAGUUUGGAAAAACAAAUAGGUUGCAUAAAAUAUACCCUAUUCUGUUUCAACAUCAUAGCCUGGAUGUUAGCCACCUCGUUGUUUGCCCUAACUGUCUGGCUAAGAGCUGAGCCUGGUUUCAAUGAAUGGUUGAAAAUUUUAGAAGCUGAAUCAUUUUACAUUGGUGUCUACAUUUUAAUUGGCAUAAGUAUCAUCAUGAUGGCUGUUAGCUUUUUGGGCUGUCUUUCUGCCCUAAUGGAAAACACUUUGGCUCUAUUUGUGUUUAUCGGAACUCAAAUCUUUGGUUUUAUAGCCACCAUAGCGGGUUCGGCUUUACUGCUGGAAUACAGCACCAUGCAUUCCAGCUUACAACCUCUGCUGCAAGUCAGUAUAAGCCGUUUUGUCAGCUCUUCGGAAACACCCUAUUCCUCAUAUGUAUUGAAUAUGAUACAAGAAAACAUUGGUUGCUGUGGUGCCAGUGGUCCCUGGGACUAUUUGAAUUUGCGCCAACCCUUGCCCAGUUCCUGUCGUGAUGCUGUCAGUGGUAAUUGUUUCUUUAAUGGCUGUGUGGAUGAGCUGACCUGGUUUUUCGAAGGCAAAUCCACUUGGAUAGUGGCCAUUGCCUUGGCCUUGGGUAUGCUUAACGUUAUAUGUGGCGUCAUGAGUUUGGCUUUGGUACAAGCCGUCAAGAAGGAGGAGGAAGAAGUGCAAGCCUAUAGACGUUAACCCACGAAAGCUUGAAGAAGGGAGUUAGCUCUCUUUCAUUUUACAUUAAAAAAAAGUUGCCAUCGAUUACUUUUCCUCUUCACACACAACACAACACAUGCCAUACGAACUGGUUUUACAAAAUACUGCAUGUAAUUUUAUGCAUUAAUUAAUUAUUAAGUUCAAAUUGUUUUUUUUAUUUUUUACAAAUAUUUGAUAACUGAAUAUUUGAAUAUAAAAUCCAAAAAAUAAAAAU